AUGGGUUUGCCUAACUCAAUGAUUCCACUCAUGGCUAUCCUCCUAGGCAUAGUAUCACUAUCACAAAGGUCUAAUGCACAGAACUCACCGCAAGACUACCUGAACGCUCACAACACAGCCCGUUCCCAAGUUGGGGUAGGGCCCAUGACAUGGGAUGCAACUGUUGCCUCUUAUGCACAAAACUAUGUGAACACACUGAAAGGAAGCUGCAAGCUGGUGCACUCUGGGGGUCGUUAUGGAGAGAACCUUGCGUGGAGCAGUGGUGACCUCACAGGCAUAGCUGCUGUUACAACUCAAACACUUGUGUUGGUGGGGAGUGCCGCCACUACACACAGGUGGUUUGGCGCAACUCAGUGCGUCUUGGGUGUGCCAAAGUGCGGUGCAACGAUGGUCGCAGCACCAUCAUCAGCUGCAACUAUGAUCCACCUGGAAACUAUGUUGAUCAGAGACCUUAUGAUAUCAGUCCUUUCCAAGUACCAUUGA